AUCCUUUUAUUUCCAAGUUCAAUUCCAAUUCCUCCAUUUUUCAAUCGAAUCGAUCGAAUCUCUCUCCCUCUCUCUCUCGAUCUCUCCACCCAAUAUGUAUUUUUGUUUUCAAUUCAAUUUGAGUUCCACAAUUUUUCAAAUCAAUCGAAUCGAUCGAAUCGGAUAAGCACGGGCGACCUUCUCAGCAUCGAUUCUCUGGAGCUCGAGUUCCCCUCCGCGGUGGCAUGGGAAGCGGGGAAGCCACUGUCAAUUGAGGAAGUGGAGGUGGCCCCACCGCAGAAACAUGAAGUUCGCUUGAAGGUCCUCUUCACCUCUCUUUGCCACACCGAUGUCUACUUCUGGGAAGCCAAAGGACAACAACCGCUGUUUCCUCGCAUUUUUUGUCAUGAAGCUGGAGGAGUUGUGGAAAGCGUAGGCGAGGGCGUAACUGAACUCCAGCCGGGUGACCACGUCCUCCCUGUGUUCACUAGAGAGUGCAAGGAGUGCGCGCAAUGUAAGUCGAAGGAAAGCAACAUGUGUGAUCUGCUGAGGAUCAAUACUGAUAGGGGUACCAUGAUCAAUGAUGGCCAGUCCAGGUUCUCCAAGGAUGGAAAACCAAUUUAUCACUGUUUAGGUACUUCUACCUUCAGUGAAUACACUGUUUGUCAUGUUCGUUCCGUUGCUAAGAUCAACCCGGCUGCUCCCCUUGACAAAGUUUGUGUUCGUAGUUGCGGAAUAUGCACAGGUUUUGGCGCCACUGUGAAUGUUGCAAAACCGAAAAAGGGUUCAUCUAUUGCCAUCUUUGGAUUGGGAGCUGUUAGUCUUGCUGCUGCUGAAGGUGCAAGGGUUUCGGGCUGUUCAAGGAUAUAGGAGGGAGGAUGGAUGGGAGGGUGAUUGUUCUUGUUUGCAGGGAGUCUCAGUGAAUUGCGUCACAAUUUAUACAUUAGGUUUAUCAAACUGAACUAUUUAUCAAACUAAACCACAUUUUUUUACCAAAGCAAAGUGAACUAUUUAUCAAAA